UGUGGUGGUCCAGCUGGUGAGAAGAUGACUUUGUGCUUACUACUAGUUUUUUUGAUGUUCAUACCAGAUGGCUUUACAAAAUUGGAUCCAGGUCUGCGGGUGGACGUGGACUUCCCUGGAGAUGAUGUUCUUCAGAUUUACUCUCCUGAUGUCUACCACUGUCAGCUUGCCUGCACCCAGCAUCAUUCCUGCCUUUUCUUUACCUUCUUGCACUCUGACUGGAAGAAAGACGAUAGACCGUUUCAUUGCUAUCUGAAGAACACAGCAUCAGGAUUCCCAAGAGAUGUUAAAGACCUUAAAGGAGUAACUUCGGGCUUUCCACUCAGUCGAAAAGAUUACAAACCAAAUGUCUGCUUUUCCACCGUCUAUAAGAAUGUGGACUUCCCAGGCUCAGACUAUCAUAACAUAAACUCCAACAAAUAUGAAGAGUGUCAGAGCGCCUGCACCAGUGACCCACACUGUCAGUUUUACACGUUUAUUACACCAGAAUUCUCAGCCUAUCCACUUUUUCGCAACAAGUGCUUUCUCAAAUACAGCUGGGUUGUUCCUGUACCUCCAAUCAUCAAAUCCACGCCUGGUCUUAUGUCUGGAUUUUCAAGCAAAGCCACUUUUCAAGCUACAGAGCCUAAAAAAGAAGCAUGCAAGGAUCAGAUUCAAGCCAAUACUGACUUCCCAGGAGAUGACUUUGAGCAAGUCCCUGCAGCGUCACCUGAGCACUGUCAGUUUCUGUGCACUGAACAUCCCAAAUGCACCCACUUCUCAUACGCCACCUCCAAAUUUGAAACAAGUGAUACACAGUAUCAAAUGAGGUGCUAUUUGAAAAAUAACCAACAGUUUAGUCAAGUCACAAAGGAAGAGGUGUUUUCUGGACUGCCGAAUCGACAUUGUGAGCCCUCAAAUGAUUGGGCAUCCACAACGUAUGAGGGUGUUGACUUCUAUGGGUCUGAUGCCCACUUUAUUGAAAUGGUUGAUCUUGAUUAUUGUCAAGCACACUGUGAGGCAGAUCCAGGCUGUCAGUUCUACACUUAUGUUCUUACUUCAUACCACCAACAGUCCAUUAGGAGAAAGUGUCAUCUGAAGCAGAUAAUGACACUGCCCAUGCCACCUAAAGUGGUGAACAAGCAGGGUGUGAUAUCUGGAUUUCCUCUGAGAAACUGUAAGAGAGCUGCUAAAGAGGACUCCGCAGAUGUCACUGGUGUGGAAAAUUGUGGCACAUCAAAGCACAUCAGAGCUAGAGUAUUUGGGGGUGUUGAUUCCCAAUUGGGUAAUUGGCCCUGGCAGGUUAGUCUACAGAAGUGGAAAAAACAUUUUUGUGGUGGAUCCAUCAUCGCAAACAAAUGGAUUAUCACUGCAGCACACUGUUUUUCGUCCUCACAAACCCAGCUAUCAGUGUCAGUUGGGUUAACAAAACUAUCUGAAGAUGAAGUCAAAUAUGAGGUGGAGAAGGUCAUUAUGCAUCCUGGAUAUGAUGGCAGCACUCUGGAAAAUGAUAUUGCCUUGCUAAAGCUGAAGACACCAAUUACAUUCACAGAUCGUAUCGCUCCAGUGUGCCUCACUGGAAGAGCCAUUGAAGUAGGAUUUCUUGGACAGAAAUGCAGUGUGACUGGAUGGGGAAAGCUGAAUACAGGUGGGUUCCCAGAUGUACUCCAGGAAGCUCAGGUGCCUCUUAUUGGUCAUGAGGCAUGCAAAGCAAUGAUGUCAGGUGCAGGUGAACCCCUCAAAGUUCUCAGAUCCAAUGUAUGCGCUGGAUACCCUCAGGGUGGCAUAGAUACAUGUGAAGGUGAUUCUGGUGGUCCUCUUGUCUGUGAGGAUAAUAACACAUGGUACCUAACAGGGAUCACUAGUUGGGGACUGGAAUGUGCAGAAGCUAACAAACCUGGAAUUUACACUCGUGUCUCUCACUAUCUUGACUGGAUUAAGAGCACUCUUACCAAAGAUUGACCAAGAAACACAACGAUAGUCAUUAAUGACAUAACUGCUGUUUAUUUGAGUUUAAAGGGACUGUUCACACAAAAAUUAAAACAUUCUGUCAUAAUUUACUCACACUUGUUUUGUUCCAGAUCAGGCCCGGUACAUUAAAGUGUCCUCAAUUGUAUAAUGUUUGUUCUUUUUUGCAUUUGUUCUUCAC